GUUCAGAAGAACAAUAGACACAAAAGAUCUUGUCUUCAUAGGAAUGUCUAGCGUUCUUUUGUUCUGAGAAAUUACAAAGUAAUUUCGAUGCCGACAGGUCUGUCAAUCAAGCACGGGUUUGACAAACUAUCAAACACCUUUCAAGUGGCGAAACCAUGGAAUCAUCGCAGUCAAACAUCACAACAUGUAAAUCACGCGAGAUUACUCACGCAGUACCACAUACCGAAGGAUUGUGUUUCUAAGGAACUCAUCUCGCCAUUAAUGUGCCAUGGUUUUCUUUACCUUCUUUAGCGGAAUCUUCACCCGGGUUAUGUUUCUUGUGCACGGAGUAGUAAGCGUGUAUCUUGUGGUUCUUUACAAGAAUAACGACACAAUCUACUGGUGGCUAUGUACUGGACUGUUUUUACUUUUGAUUGAAUCGUUUUACACCAUCGUCAUCCGGAAAGGCAAAGAAUAUAAAUAGUAAGUAGAAUAUCUGUGAUGAUUUUCAUAGCGUGGCUUUUCUCUUUCUCUUAUUUUCUCGAUUCUUUGCAAAUGAGUGAUCGCAAUGUGGUAUGUUUGUUUUAAUACGAAAACACGCCAAACUAAAACCCGAGUACGCUUAGACAUACUGAUGUUUGCAUUUACUCAAUUGCAUAUGAAUUUAAAUUUAGAUUAACUCGCUUUAUACUUAAUAAUUUGACUUGGUUGUUGAUGAAUCUUUUUCAAGUGGCACUCUAAUAUCUGGAAACCUUGCUCUAUCGAGAUCUGAUCAGCAAAUAGCGACUCUCUCAUAUUUAAAACUAUUUCAGAGCAAUCAGUUGUGCGAGAAUAUUAUUAGCUUAUAGACAUCCUGUGGAUUUAAGGGUUAUCAUCCAUAACGCAUUAUUACACUGUGGUUGUGAAAGCGAAGAACUGGUUGUUAAUUACCACUUAAUCAAAACUUCGGGCUUCUGUUUUCUGAUUCCAUGUUUUUUUUUUUAAUCGCAAUCGAAAAUAAGUGCUUUGUUGAACAGCUGUGUGAAAUUGUUCCUUGGUUUAACAAAGACGAUCGUACACCAAAUUAAGACUAGUGGCACCGCUUCGAUAAAUUAUACGCUUUGAAUACGUCAUCAGGGUUAGGAAAGUCAAAUGUGUGUUUGGAUACGAUCAGUUUUUGAUGAGAAAUAUAUACGAACAAUAUCCUUCUGUUAGCGAUGGAUAGCUGCGGUUUGUUUGGCAGUUUUAAGUACUGAUUGAGUUAGCCGAGGGAUAAAUGAAAAACCAUUGAAAUGAUACUGACUGGGUUAUAACAAAAGAUAAACACAUUGCAGUCCGAUAUCUUUGCACGAAGUACUUUCUUCAAUAUCGCGAUUUUUUAGGUUCACCUAGUAAGAAAAUGUUCUCAUUCGAGGCUCGCUGAUCAUAAAUUUAGGCCGAAAUUGAGACAACAACUCUUGCACGAGUUAGCCGGAAAAUUUGCACCAGUUGUAAUUAACUGAUGGUUGUUCAAACAAGUUUUCUUAGACGGAAAUCUUCCGAUCUGGUAAUUGGAUAGCAAUGGGUCACAAGUUCAAAUGUAGGGACAUUUCUUUUCGUACGAUGCAUCCAAAAAUGCCUUUAAAACAUCCCUUCUUUGCAAUAAUUCAAAAUCAAGGCGCGUAAAGGCCAUCGACACAAUUGUGUUGCGUUUCGCAAUCUCGUCCAAAUUUCAAUUGAACUGGGUCGGCAUCUCAAACGUUUCGAAAUCAUUUUGACAUAUCCUACGCUUAGCACGCAAAUUGUUGAUGCAAAUUGUUAGUUGCUUCAACAUUAAUUUAUUUUUAGUUUCACGAACUUAAUGAAAAGUCGCUGUGAGUCCUGUAUUCAUUUUUUUUACACAUAAAACGGGUAGAAUUAUAAAUUUGAAACUGCUAUUUGAAGACGUCUAAAUAUCGUCGGACGUUGACGUUCAGAUACAGCGACAUUUGUCCUAAUAUUUUAGUUCUGCAUCACUUCCAAACUGCAUUACUACUCAAGCUACAGAGGGUAUCAUUUUCCCGCAGUCUGUAUGCUUAAAUCGGAUGAAGUCUCUACAUCUGUGUACAUCAGGGAGAUUGCUUAACAAGGUAUUCAUUGGCGUAACCUAACUAGAGAGUGGGGGGGGGGGGGCAUUUGACCCUUAGCCUUGUUCUUUCAUUGCUAUUUUUAUCAUCAUUAUUAUUGUUACCACUAUUGACAGUUAUAUUGCAGUUAUUAUUGUGUGGUAAAAAGUCUUUUAAAUUUGAUUCAGACAUUUUAUCUGGAAGCGCUCGUUGUCGCUGAAUUACGUCGAUAUAUUAAUUUUAUUAAUUUAAUUAACAUCUCUUGCCUGGCACGGGGUAAUGAAAUAGAUAUAUUUUUUUGGGGGAGGACAGGGUCAGGCUUUAAAGGCGUCAGCGGCACACCUCAGCAAAACCAUCCUUAAUUGUCCCAUCCCCUAACAAAAAGCUAUUGUAGGUAGGACCUCAUAGGUGAAAAUCCCGCCUAAGCAGCAACAUAUGAAAUUAAUUUUGUACUCUUUUUCUAGUUUUUGGCCAAGCAGCUUUCUAUACAUGUUGACCGUGAUACCUGCCAUCUGGGUGGCUGAGUUAGCGAUAUUGAAUGAGAAGCUCGAAUCAGGUCCAAAAAACUGCACGUUAACUGCAGAACAGAAUUACGAUAAAUUUGGUGGAUUGGUAUGUACCCUUUAGUUUCAUUGUACGCCUUUGUAAAACACCUUUCAAUUUUUUGGAAGGUGAAACUCUGUUUGUUUUUGUUAGUUUGUUUUGCUUACCGUGUAAUAUUUGUCCUAUCUGGUUUCUUCCACAUUGUGUAAACUGUUGAUAAACCUAAUUUCUUAAGGGCACCUGACUUCAGAGCCGUCCUUGCUCCUUUGAAGGAGAAUUACAUAAAAAUAUUCAAAACUUUAUGAAAACCAAACCAAAUGUCAUCUUAUGAUCGUUCAGUCUGAUCGUGCGGGUGAGAGUAGUCCCUGAGAAGGACUGGUGUCGGUAUUGACAACUGACGAUCAGGCGACCUGAGAGUAACAGGUCGAAAGCGCUAUGAGUCUACUGACCUUUAACUUCCAGUGCUCAUCCGCAGUUUUUGUGGCAGGAAGUGACAAGGCGUAUUGGCCCUUGUCGUGAAGUCCUAAGGUUACCCGUGACGUCAUGUUUUUUAGUUCUAAAACAGAUGAUAGGUAUUUAAAAAGAGUGUGAUGUUGUCUCGAAUAUGGCGUUGUAUGUGCGUUUAUACCUAACGGUAGUUCUCUGGGAUCGAGUGCGAGUUCAUAAUACAGUAGCUUAGAAUCUCGUGGGUUUUCACUGACUUCAAAGCGCAAAAGAAACUUCCUACUGCGCAGGCUCUUCUGUAUAUGACUGAAUUGGAUUUGUUCACCAGAUAACAGUCAGGACAGACUCUGGUCAGCUGGCGCAGAAGUUUUCCAAACUCGGUCUGAUCCUAUUAAUCAUUGUGGGCCGCUGGUUGCUUCCCAGAGGAGAACUAACACGUGAUCAGCUUUCUUCGCUCUUAUUGGUUUAUGUGGCAAAUGCCGCGGAUAUCAUGGGUAAAUUACAAUUUUAUGAUUCUUGUUAUGACUUUGAGUUUGAAGCCUUUUAUGUUUAAUCUUGUUUUCUGCGUAAAAGCCUGCCAUGUGAGAUUCGUUAUAAGCUAAAGGGAAAGGGAAUUUAGAAUUGUCUUAAACCUACUUUCUUAAUUUUACCACAGAAUUGUUUGAAGUUUUUGACCAAGAGCCAGAUCUGUGGUGUAUACAGGGAGUAGCCUUGGCUGUUCUGGCCACAUAUACUUGGUCGUUCUUGCAGUUUACUCUCGUGUUCACUGCCACAGCAGAGACUGUUCCCGACACAAAGGUACGUCACUUACGCUCUGUAUUGGAUUCUUCUUGAGCCAAUCAUUUGUCAGAUUUUUCAUCGCAUUGCUUAUUCAUCACUGACUGUUCAGGAACAAGACUGAAUCAUAAAGUUUCCUUGAGAUGACGUGGUAAUAGGUUGAUUUGUAGGGUCCCUCUGACUGUUUUUUUUUUUUUAUUGUGUGUGCGAAAUUCGAAAUCAACCAUCAAUCAGAUCAGGUAAUUUGUAAGUGUGGACUUUAUGUGCAGAGAAAAAGGGAAGAAAAACCAAGUUCAAUGUACUAUGUUUGCUUAAGACUUACGAGCCCCUAUUGCUUAUUACUGUCCGAGAGUGCCUCAAUUUCUGUAGCAUAUUUACCCCUCUGUAAUGUACUGUGAUUUCGAGGAGUCGAAAACUGAAGAUUCCAGAACAAUAGCUCGACAAAUGUUAUUGCAACAAGGAGUCGAGCAUAUGGCGACUGUGUAAGACCUUACAUAUGUAAUGAGAACGACAUCUCCCUCCUGGGUUGGAUAUCGUUCUUUCCUUUCUCCCCCCCUCCGCCUUCCCGCCUUUUAAGGAUUUCACAAAAUUUCCUCUAACAGUCUUGAGGCACUCGCAGACAGUCACAUAAGCCUCAUUUCCCUCCAGGACAGCAAACUCUUGGGGGGUAAGAAGGAAAGGAGGAGGGUGGGUACUGUCAGAGCAUAAUAUCUUGCCAAAUUGCACAAUACUAUAACUCAACCAGGGCCUAAUCUGAGAUCUGUAAAAAAGAAACAUUAACAAUCUUUUAUUUUCUUUUUUUUUCUUAGCCACCAGCCCUAGAGGAAAAUAAGACAGACCGAUCGGGUGACGAUCAUACAAAGUUACCAAAGUACAUCAAGAAACUCAUAAAACAGAAGCAAAAAGAUGAACUGGCUAAAAUUGAAAAGAACACAGAUUUGCGCGCAGCUGUCGACCAAAUGAGACAACUCAAAGCUUAUAAAGAUCGCGGAAGACAGGCAAGAUUCUCCAUUCACGACACAGCAUUGGAGGUUGUACAAGUGCAAAGAGAAGUCCGACGUGAGGAAGAAAUCCUCGAGAAGCAGAUAAAACAAAGACAGAAACUUAAACUCCACGGUGACUUGUAUUCAAUUUUGACUUUAAUGUUGAUGCAGGAUGGACCAUUUCUUAUCGUGCGGCUUGUCUUGAUAAUUCAUUAUCACGUGGACGCCUUGUUACAUAUCUUCUUCACCGGCAAGAACGCAAUGGCACUAGCUUUGCUCAUUUACAGGCUUGUUAUUUUGGUGAUGGAAUCGAGUGAAGACGAAGAAGAAAUUGAUAAAGAUAGUGAGUUUUAUGAGAUGUCAAAGGCGUAGAUGUGAAGUUUCAUUUUCCAAGUUUUUUUUAAAUAACUUCCAGGAAAUGCGAAAUCAUGCCGAAACUAAUGGAUUCAUUGGCCUUUGCGGCAAGAUGUUUUCAUCGUCACUUGGCGAUGACUUUACACUAACCAUAAAUGAUUUGAACAAGUUUUGACGCAGCAGAGGUAUUACGACUUCGUUCAAUGCCGAGCUGUUUCAGAACAGGACAAGAAUUAGGGAAACGUUUGUUCUUUGGGCGUGGCUGCCUCUUGCAAUUGCACGCACCACUAUUUCAUAUAUUCAGUUUUUUUACUGAGGAAUGGCCGACCAAAAUUAAAACUUUUCGUGUAGCUUGCUACGCGUUAUUCAUCAGUCCGUGGAACAGUCCGUGGAACAGUCCGUGGAACAGUCCGUGGAACAGUCCGUGGAACAGUCCGUGGAACAGUCCGUGGAACAGUCCGUGGAACAGUCCGUGGAACAGUCCGUGGAACAGUCCGUGGAACAGUCCGUGGAACAGUCCGUGGAACAGUCCGUGGAACAGACUGGUAGUCUAUCCGUAGCUUCACGAGUCCGUUUAUCAGUUUGGCAUCUGUUCACGUCUGUUUUAUCUAGUUAAUUACGUUUCUCUGGCUCUUCCCUUCCCGAUCAGACAAACUGAUAAUGUUCUCAAAAUUUAGAUAAGUUACUCUCAAUUGCCAUAGCGACUCACUAUUUAUUACACUGCAGUGCAAGGUUGGUAAUAUGUGAUAGUUGUUAUUUAUUUCCUGAAAGAAGAGAGUAAAGCAAGUGGGUCAAAGUCUCAAAAACUGGGCCUUUUUUAAAAAUUAGUGCAACUUUGUAUAUUUAAAUGUAUUUAUUUAUCAGCAACUUAUCAGUAGAUUUUAGAGCUUUAAAAACAUUUGUAUAACUUACUUUCUCCAUAGAUUCGAAUAAUGAAAAAUUCUUAGAGUUGUAAAUAAACUUG